AUGUCCUUCUCCCUCGUUCCUGCUGCCCUGCGACGACAAGCCCAGAUCGCUGCGCUCUGGGCGCCCCGGAGGUGCCUCUCUAGCGCGAGCCACCCGCGCGGAGGCGAAGCCGAAGAAGGCGAACAAGUCUUCAGGACCCCCAGGCGCUCCUCCGCGCCAGAAAACACGGUCCUCGCGGGGCUCGCCUACCUCAAGAGCCAGCCGGAGCUCGUCGACGACGGACCGGGCGGGAAGGCGGAGAAGGCGCGGAUGCGCAAGGAGAACCGAGAGAGGAUACGGGUCUCGAACUUCAUGAAGACGCAGUAG